AAAUGGCGAAGCCUCACCUACAAAUACCGCUAAUCGUCUGAGGAUUUUUCCCCAAAGUCUUAGUAUCACAACUUCGACCGGAAAAUCUCUCCUUCUGAUUCUCUUUGCCUGACCCUCCGUAUCUGUUGAUUAUGGCAAAUCAAGCUGAAUCGUCAGACUCCAAAGGUACGAAGAGAGACUUCAGUACCGCCAUUUUGGAGCGGAAGAAAGCCCCAAAUCGGCUUGUUGUCGAUGAAGCAAUCAACGAUGAUAACUCGGUGGUCGCGCUUCAUCCUGAUACCAUGGAGAAGCUUCAACUCUUCCGUGGGGAUACGAUCCUCAUCAAGGGUAAGAAGAGAAAGGACACAAUAUGCAUUGCUCUAGCUGAUGAUACAUGUGAUGAGCCUAAAAUAAGGAUGAACAAGGUUGUGAGAAGCAAUCUUAGGGUUAGGCUUGGUGAUGUUGUCUCUGUGCACCAAUGUGCUGAUGUUAAGUAUGGAAAGCGUGUACAUAUUCUUCCUGUGGAUGAUACCAUUGAAGGAGUUACUGGAAACCUUUUUGAUGCGUAUUUAAAACCCUAUUUCUUGGAGGCAUAUCGUCCCUUGAGGAAGGGUGAUCUCUUCCUUGUGAGAGGGGGAAUGAGGAGUGUAGAGUUCAAGGUUAUUGAGACCGAUCCAGCUGAAUACUGUGUGGUAGCCCCAGACACUGAGAUCUUUUGUGAAGGAGAGCCUGUGAAAAGGGAGGAUGAGGAUAGAUUAGAUGAAGUUGGUUAUGAUGAUGUUGGUGGAGUUAGGAAACAAAUGGCUCAGAUUCGUGAAUUGGUCGAGCUGCCAUUGAGGCAUCCACAGCUAUUUAAAUCAAUUGGUGUGAAGCCGCCCAAGGGAAUUUUGCUGUAUGGACCACCUGGUUCAGGUAAGACUUUGAUUGCACGUGCUGUUGCCAACGAAACUGGUGCAUUUUUCUUCUGUAUCAAUGGACCUGAAAUCAUGUCAAAGUUGGCUGGUGAAAGUGAAAGCAACCUCAGAAAAGCUUUUGAGGAAGCAGAAAAGAAUGCGCCAUCUAUUAUUUUCAUUGAUGAAAUUGAUUCAAUUGCUCCCAAGCGAGAGAAGACCAAUGGGGAAGUUGAGCGAAGAAUUGUCUCACAGCUACUGACACUCAUGGAUGGAUUGAAGUCUCGUGCACAUGUCAUUGUGAUUGGUGCUACAAAUCGACCCAACAGCAUUGACCCAGCUCUGAGAAGAUUUGGAAGAUUUGAUAGGGAAAUAGAUAUUGGUGUGCCUGAUGAAGUUGGGCGUCUAGAAGUUCUACGCAUUCAUACUAAGAACAUGAAGCUUGCUGAAGAAGUUGAUUUAGAGAGGAUUGCNUAUUCGUAUCACAACUUCGACCGGAAAAUCUCUCCUUCUGAUUCUCUUUGCCUGACCCUCCGUAUCUGUUGA